AUGAUAAGGUGCUUUAGAGAGACGUUGAAGAAGGAGGAUGUAGAGGAAAUUUUAAGGAUUAGAGAUCAAAAUGGGUUCACUGCUUUAACUUUAGCUGCAAGACUUUCGCAUAAGGAUUAUAUGGUAUUCGGGAAGGAAAUGCUUGAACCUUUGAUUAAUAUAUGUGGCAGUACUUUGAUAAGACUUGAGGUAGAUGCUUAUGGUAUGAAUAUAUAUGAUGAGUGCAUCUAUCAGAAAAAUAACGAGCUGAUAGAGUUUUUAUUCAAACAUCAAGCCUCUAACUACUUUGCUAAAGUUAAUAAGAGACUAGCUCUUGCUUAGAAGCUGUUCAAUUAGUUGCCUGAUUUUAGCAUUGAUCUGAGUUGGGAGAUAGUCUCAAGUGUAAUCCCUUUGAUUUAAAAUGUGCUGCCCCAUGACACCAUGAAGUUCAUUAAGAUCGGCAAGGAGUUCAGAGUCGAUUUCAAAAACAUUAAACUCUGGCAUAAACCUGAGUACAGUAUGGUCAGUCAAAACCCUCUAAAGCAGAAUUUCUCACUUAUAUUUAGAGAUGGUGAUAAAUACCCUGCAAGCAAAAUAUCUGAUAAGCCGAUGAAUCUGCUGCUGUUAGACUGGGACAAUCUAUAGUACACAGACAUGCUUGGAGAACUUAUAUCAGAUGAGUAAAUACUGUUGACUAGGAGAGUAGUCUCGCACAAGCGUUUCAUUUGCAAUUACCUGGACGAAAUUGAUACUGAGAUAGAGCCGAGCACUAAUAUGUUUGGCUUUCAGAAGCAUAUCAAGAUUGAUGGCAACUAUUGCAAGGAGUACAACUAUGCUAACAAAUUUAAGUACAACAAGACCCUAUUUUAGUUCUUCGACUAGCAGACUUAUGAAGAACUCUCAACUAUGAGUGAAAAUGAGUAUUUCUCCGACUAUGCUAAGGAUAGACUGCUGAACUAAAAGUAGCAAGAGUCCUAUGAAGAGGAUAAGUUCACAGGCUAGGUCUGGCUAGCCGAGAAUUUCCCAAUUAAGUUUGACAGUUUUCUUAACAUGAUUGAGACUCUACUGUUUCUGAUGCCAGAGUCCAUAUCAUCGAAUGCCUUUAAAUUUUUGUAAAGCUAGAAAAAACUGCACUUGCUGUGUAAAAAAGACAUGUUUCCUCUGUAAUUUAAGAUACCAUUGUUCUAUUCAUUGUCGGUUGUGACAAAGUUAACUAACUUAAAAAUGAUUGAUUAGGAGAAGGAUAAAAAUAAGUAUUAAGGGUACUUUUCAGUGCCUGAGGAAUUCUUCCCUGAAACAAGAAGAGAAUAGCUAUUAAGAUUAGAAAAAAGUGGAUUCUAGGGGAAGAUAUUUUAGAAAUUUCAAUAUCAAGACAUGUAAAAACUUUGA